CUAUGCAUGCAUUUAUUGCAGUAUUGUUUUUAUUCAGAGAACAAGCAUUAUUAUUUUAUUAACUAAUUAAUAUUAAAGAUCUUUUUGGCCAAUUUGAGGUAUAAUCACAUUCCAUUGCCACCGUUCACCAACUUUUAUUCUUCACAAACACACACACACACAGUUACUGAAAAAGACACACAAAACAAAAACACACUGAGAAACAGAGAAGAGAAAAUGGAGAGAAAGGUUAUGAUAGUGUGCUGUAUUGUUGGCUUCUUGGGACUCUUGUCUGCUGCUACUAGCUUUGCUGCAGAAGCAACAAGGAUUAAGGGUUAUCAAAUUCAGUUUAUCAAUCCAAAUCAGUGCAUAUAUCCUCGGAGUCCAGCUCUACCUCUUGGUUUAACUGCGGCACUGUCUCUUAUGAUAUCUCAAAUUGUCAUAAAUGUUUCAACUGGGUGCAUUUGUUGCAGAAAAAGUUCACGGAUCCCUGAUUCCAAUUGGACGGUGGCACUGGCCUGCUUUGUUUUAUCCUGGUUCACAUAUGUAAUCGCAUUUCUCCUGUUGCUAACCGGUGCUGCCCUGAACGAUCAGCGCGGUGAAGAGAGUGUAUACUUCGGCACCUACUACUGUUAUGUUGUCAAACCUGGAGUGUUUGCUGGUGGUGCAAUUUUAUCUCUUGCAAGUGUUGUAUUUGGAAUUGUCUAUUACAUUACUUUAAUGGAGGGAAAGAACGCUAGAACUCCUUUUGGUGAUUCCUCAUAUCCUAAUCAAGGGACCAUAGCCAUGGGACAACCACAGAUUCCAACUCAAACUAGUCAAGAUCCUGUAUUUGUGCAUGAAGACACCUACAUCCGGCGACAGUUCACAUGAUUGAUGAACAACUGUCUGUCCUUAAGCUCGGCUGUAUUACUCAGUUUCCAAAACUUGAAUUUGGCAUAGUGAAGUUUGGAGAUUGCUUUAGUCAAAACCUGGUUUAUGUGUGUAGUGUUUUUUUAGUUGUGUACAUGUAUCACCAAAAAUUGGUUUGCGAGAUUAUGAAUUUUAUCGUGUUUAUAAUUGGGCAAUCCAUAUAACUAAGUUUUAAAUCAUAAUCAUGUUGCAAUCUUUUA